GAAGGGCUCAAAUGUAUAGAUAAGGGAGGGGUGGUGAAGAGCACUAUAGAGAAAAUAGACCAUUGCUUGCUUACUUCAUCUCCCUUUCUUCCCAUCUUCCUUCCACACCCCUUCUUCUUCUUCUUCUUCUUAAUUUAUCUUCAUCAAACUGAGCAACUAGAAACUAAAAUGGGAAACUGUCAAGCAGUAGAUGCAGCUGCAUUAGUCAUACAACAUCCAAAUGGCAAGAUAGAAAGAAUGUAUUGGUCUAUCACUGCAAGUGACGUCAUGAAAAUAAACCCUGGGCAUUAUGUUUCCCUCAUUAUUCCACUUCCUUCCGGUGACGAUGAAGAUGGUAAAACCGUCCGGUUUACGCGUGUCAAGCUUCUCCGCCCAAGUGACACCCUUGUUCUUGGUCGAGCUUAUCGUCUUAUUACUACUCAUGAGGUUAUGAAGGUUGUACGAGCUAAAAAACAUGCAAAGAUGAAGAACAAACCGCCGGAAGAUAAUGAAAGUUCAAGUGGUGAUCAUGAGGCAACGGUAGAUAACACUAAUCAGGUGGAGGGACAUGAAAGAAUGUUCAGGCAAAGGUCUGGAUCUUCAUCAUCGAUAUUGGCUGCUUCAAGAUCAAAAUCAUGGCGACCGUCUUUGCAAAGUAUCUCCGAGGCUACAAGUUGAUGCAUAUAUAUGAUGAUCGGUACUUGAAGAUUUUUGUUUGUCAACUCAUUUGAAACAAAUUGGGUUCAAGAGUGGAUCAUCAAGAAUCAAUAUGUAAAUUCAAAAAAAAAAAAAAAAAAAGCAAUUAACACUUUGAUUUGUAAUAUGUAUAUUAAUCUUGAGAAUACAUGUUAUGAGUUCUAAAGUUGCAAUUUUUUUUUUCAUAAGUC